AUGACUAAGUCAGAAAGCGAACUCGACCCACUAUGGCAGAAUCUCGAUUGGGCUAUUGGUCAAAUGUUGAUCAUGGGAUGGGAUGGCACAGAAGUAACGCCUCAAAUCAGGAAUCUCAUUGAGAACCACCAUUUAGGUUCAAUCAUAUUGACAGCUAAGAAUCUCAAAUCUGCUGAGCAGACUGCUUCUCUAGUCCAAGAACUUCAGACAAUAGCACACCAAGCAGGACACCCUCAACCAUUAUUAAUUGCUGUUGAUCAAGAAAAUGGCGGCGUUAAUAGUUUAUUUGAUGAAGACUAUAUCUGUCAGUUCCCUAGCGCGAUGGGCGUCGCUGCUACGGGGAGCACAGAGCUGGCCUACAGCGUAGCAAGAGCUACAGCAACCGAAGUUUCUGCCGUCGGAGUCAAUCUUAUUCUCGGACCUGUUUUAGACGUCUUGACUAAUGCUCGACACCAACCCCUCGGCGUUCGAGCCACCGGGGACGAUCCUCAAGAGGCAUCUCAGUUUUGUAUUGCUGUCAUCAACGGGUUUAAGGAUGCUGGCGUAGCUACCUGCGGGAAGCAUUUCCCGUCCUACGGGAAUAUUGAUUUCCUCGGUUCUAGCUUAGACAUGCCUAUCAUCACUCAAACUCUGGAAGAACUUAACCUCAGUGCUCUUAUACCGUUUCGGAAUGCUAUAAGUGCUGGACGUUUAGACGCCAUGUUUGUCGGUGGAUGCGGGAUCCAGAGUGCUGGAAUGAAUGUCAUGCAUGCUUGCCUAUCAGACCAGGUUGUGGACGACCUCCUGAGAAACGAGCUGGGAUUCAAAGGCGUCGCUAUCUCAGAAUGCCUUGAGAUGCAGUCGCUUAUACAAGAGUACGGAGUAAAAGGGGGAACUGUAAUGGCUGUCGAAGCAGGUAAUGAUCUGGUGCUUCUAUGCAGAGCACACGACGUACAACUAGAGGCCAUCUCGGGUCUAAAAUUAGGCGUUGAGAACGGUAUUAUAUCGAAAGAUCGGAUCUAUACUUCCCUCAAGCGAGUGUUGCGGAUGAAGAGUGUAUGCACGUCUUGGCAGAAGGCACUGAAUCCGCCCGGAUUGUCGUUACUAUCCAAGAUACAUCCUACACAUCUUGCACUCUCUCGGAAGGCCUACGAUCAAUCAAUUGCAGUCGUACGAGACAAGGACAAUCUACUUCCCCUUUCGCAGAGCUUACUCCAGGAUGAAGAACUUUUACUACUAACGCCACUAGUCAAGCCUCUGCCAGCUUCGGCAGCUACUAAAAAUAUGUUGGAAAAGGGUAACAAAGCUCCCUCCCUGCACGAGAAAUGGAUUCACCAGGAGCGUGGAGCAAUCAUGAGUGGAGAAGGUGUCUUUCGAGAAUUGGGUAGAUCAAUAGCUCGUAUACGCAAUGGCAAACUUCUUCACACAUCAUAUACGGCGAAUGGACUCAGACCAGUACACGAGAACCUGAUUAACAGAGCAUCGGCGAUAAUUAUAGUAACAGCUGAUGCUAACCGGAAUAUGUACCAAACUGGAUUCACAAAGCAUGUAGCAAUGAUGUGCCAUAUGCUUCGUGGGACCGGCCAAAAGAAGUCGCUCAUAGUGGUUGCGGUCAGUUCUCCAUAUGAUUUCGCAAUGGACAAAUCCAUCGGUACGUACGUCUGUACCUUUGAUUUUACAGAAACGGCCAUGGCUUCUCUCGUUCGUGCCUUGUACGGAGAGAUAAUCCCCCAGGGGUCGAUGCCAGGAACCAUGAGGAAGAGUAAGAAGGUUUCCAAGACAAGACAACAGUGGCUUGUUGAGAAUUACGACCGCGAGCGAGAUGCUUCUGCCUUGGAGGAGCUGCUAAGAACUCUGGCUCGCUCUAGUACACCGAGUCUUCCGUAUCUCACGGCAGGAGCCCAUUCGUUCGAAUUGUUUAAUACGCACAUUGAGGAGGCACACUUUGUCGUGCGGAACAGCAGCACAAAAACAUUGUACGGGUUUGUGGCCACGUACUACAUGAAAGGUGUUGGUGCCAUUGGCGCUCUUUUCGUCGACCCGGCGAAACGAAAUGUAUCGAUUGGCAGGUCACUACAUCGUCGUGCUUUGCGAGCGUUACUUCAGAAGCCAGGUGUGAAGACACUCCAACUUGGGCUUACAUUUCCGGGAGUGUUUCCAGGAGUACCCGUCGAUGAAAGCGGGAGUAACAAGAGCUGGUUUAACAACGUCGGUUGGGAUACACAAUUUCCGAAACGACUGACGAACAUGGCCAUCGAAGAUCUCGGAGCUUGGACAGCACCAGAAGGCCUUUUACAAAGCAUCCAGCGAGCAAGUCUUAGCUUUGACUUAAUACACGGACUCGAUAACGCCGAGUCGGUGUUAAACCAUGUAGCAACACACGCAGGACCCGAGGUCGUGGAGCUUUAUCGAUUUGCACUACAUGAAACGAAUACAAGCGGAGUAGUCCGAGCCAAGAAUUCAAUGGAUAACCUGUUAGGAACAGUUAUCAUCUGUACAGCAGGAAGUCGCUUGUCGACAUAUAUCCCUCCACUUCACUCGACUAGCGGCGAAGAUAUUGGUGGCAUUCUCGCUCCAAUAGUGCCUUCUACAGCCCAGUCAAGGUUAAUCCUGCAAGGGCUAGUAUUUAUGGGCGUAAGACAGAAUAAGGCGCACAAGUCUGCAAAGAGUAUGCUCAGUUGGGUUCUCGAUGAAGCGUAUGAGCCACUUGCGGCCAUGGGCUUUGACGUCCAACAGACGUUCGACGAGAUUACAAAUUCGCCAGAAAACAUUUUAUGUAGUGGUCUGACUUAA